CAUAGCAUAGUGCUGGUGCGUAGUAGUAGCAUAGUGUCGAAUUAGUUACGUUGCAGGACUCUGAUAUGACUUUUUAUGAAGAAUAAAAAGCUAAGUUAGGCCUAAUUACAUCGGCGAAAUGGUUAAUUGAAUCGUAGGCCUAAAUGCAAUUCAUUGAAAAUAGGUACCAUCAGAUGUCACUCUGACUGCACCAAUAAACAUUAAAAAGGCUAGGCCUAGUUUGGAUAAAGAAAAUGGAAGACGGAAAUAACAGAGUUGUAUUUCCAAGUGAAGAAGAGGUUAAGUCAUAUUUUCCUGAUGACGUCUGGCUUGCCAUGUCUGGUUAUGAAAAAAUGUCUUAUAGGAAUAUCUUGCAUAACUACUAUGUGAUGAAAAGUCUAGAUUUAAAACCGAAAAAACCCCCAUUUUUGACUUUGUAUCAGAAGAGAACUUUCAAGAGGAAACCCAACAGAAAUAUGUGUCCAGUAUCUCCCAAAAGAAAACCUUCAAUGAGAGCGAGUUCUGUUAACAAAGGAAUGGUAAAUAAGGGGACGGAACAGGAAAAAGAAGCAGAACAUGUUUCAAAAGAGCAAAAAACAAAGCAAGAAAAUACAGAGGUGCAGAAUAAAUUGGUAGAGCUUUUUGAUGAAAAUCACAGAUGGCAGAGUAUAAGGGCACAUUGUAUGCUUUCUGCUGUAUUCAAAGUAUAUAAAAGGUACCAAGGAAUUAGCAAAGCUCGAUUUUCCCAAAAAAGAACUCCAAUAAGUGUAUCAAAUAAAUAUUCAAAGGAUCCAAAAGAAGAAGAUGGUAAAAUUGACUGUAAGAGUAAUAUUCAUCCAAAUUUAACGAACCGUAAAAACAAGGAAGUUGAGGCUGGUGACGAUGACAAUAAAGAAAGGGAAGAUGAAAAUGAGUCUUUAGACCAAAUUAAGCCAGAAUCUGGUCAAAUUGAGGAGAAAGGCAUUCCAAUAUCUAAUCCUGCUGCAACUGAUGAAGAGAAGGACAAAAAGAAUGAUGAAGAGAAAGGAACCAAAAAAUCUGUGAGAGUUACCUUACCUAGGACCAGGCCAGUGUGUCGCUCUGUCCAGACUAUGACAGUUGCUGAUGGAUGUUCUCCCUCCGACUCAGCAUUGGUGUUUGUGAACGCAGCCACAGCCAAGAAGUUGGCCGUCGCUCCUCCUAAACCUCUUCCACUCACCGAUGAACAAAAAAAGCUGAAAAAGAAGAUUCUCAAGAAGAAAUUGCGGAACUGUCGCACCAUUCAAACACAGACAGUAGAAGAAAACGAUCAAAUUGAAACAGCUGAUUUGGUGUUUUUUCCUAAGCCCAGGGUUAAGAAACCUAAACCAAAACCAUCAACGAUAGCCGCUCCUAAUACGGAAGAACCACACAAAGAUGGUGAACAAAAUGAUGAUUCCUCUCUCGCUGAUCACAGCAUCAUCAAAACACCUAAUUCUACUGAAGCUGCAGAUACCAACAAAGACAUUAAAGUCUCCACAGCAGAUGGACCUUGUACUUCGGCCAAUGAGAAGCAUGAUGAGGACAGCUCAGAAGAUGAGUUUGGAUUUUACGAUUUGGCCAGACAACAGAAAGAAGCCAGCCGCUGUAUCAUCAACUUAUCAAUACAAAAUGAUCCAGAUAUGGCAUCAAAAGAUAAAUUUGAUGGAAGUUCAGAAGAUGAGUUUGGGUUUUACGAUUUGGCUAGACUAGAAAAAGAAAGAAGAUAUCCGAGACGAGCUGUGCCUGUUGUGAACUACAAAGAAAGCGAGUUGGUUCAAGAUGACGAAUAUCUUUUCUGUGACUUUUGUGAUCGAGAAUAUGAAGGAGAUUGCCCUGAACAUGGCCCUCACAAGUACUAUCCUGAUAAAGACAUCCCAGUGACUGGAGAUCGUGAGCGAGCAGUUGAGACUACUCCUGAUAUGUUGAAGAUUGGAAAGUCCAAGAUACCAGGAGCUGGCAGUGGAGUGUGGACUAUACUGGGACUGCCUCCUCAUGUUAGGUUUGGACCUUACCAAGGAGACAACACCUCUGAACCUGACCCUCUGGGCUACAGUUGGGCUAUUGUAAAAGACAGGAAAGUAGACCACUACAUUGCGGCUCAUUCUACAGCCACAAGUAACUGGAUGAGGUUUGUGAACUGUGCGAGACAUGAGUCAGAACAGAACCUGAUGGCUUUCCAGUACAAGGGAAAGAUGUACUACCGGACUGUGAAGCUGAUACCACCCAAGGCGGAGCUGUUUGUGUGGUACGGCAAGGAGUACGCAGAAAUGUUGGGCAUCUCCAUGGAGAGCUUCCGCAGCAAAGACACUAGUCAUCUGCGCAGUGAGUGUCUUGUAUUGAAACCAGGGAUACCCAAGGCGAUAGAUCCCCAGAUAACCCCUAGCGGGCUUGAUCCCAACACCCAAUCUACUUCUUUGCCCAUCAAGCCCAACAUCACUCCAGGCCCUCAGGGUUUCCAAAAGGAGGCGGGUUUAGAAGCAGAUGAGGAGAGGCGGCAAAAAGCGGCAUCACUGAGAGCUGAACACCCCACCAACCUGGAUGAUGGAAUGUCACUGGGGGCUCCCCCGAAGGGGCUGGCACAUCCAGUCGUCCAUAAUUGCUUGGUAUUCUCCUGUGAGAAGUGCAACAUUACCUACUCAUCCCCGUUGUACCUGGAAGCCCAUGAGAAGAAGUGUAGAGGUAAGAGAACUGCCAAAGUUGUAGAUCCUUCAAGAGUACCUGCAGAUAAGCAGAGUCUAGCUGUGGUUGUGGAUGGUCCACAGUACUGA